AUGUUACUAUAUGAGCCCACGAAGUGCACAGGGCGAGGACGGGAGACGGAGAGAGAAAGAGAGGUGUGGUAGAUUUUGGUCAUGGCGUCCAGGUUGUUGUGGGCUUCGAGAGCGGCCUCCUACCUGAGGAUCUCUGCCUUUCACAGAGGCUUCUCGACAGUUAUUAAGGAUCUGAAAUAUGCUGACACACAUGAGUGGGUUAAAGUUGAUGGCUCUUCUGCAACGAUAGGAAUAACUGACCAUGCUCAGGAUCACUUAGGUGAUGUUGUGUAUGUCGAGUUGCCAGAAGUUGGUGCGACUGUGGCACAGGGAAAGAACUUUGGUGCAGUUGAGAGUGUCAAGGCAACGAGUGAUGUCAAUUCUCCUGUAUCUGGAGAAGUGGUUGAAGUCAACAGGGAGUUAGUUGGUUCUCCUGGAUUGGUUAAUGGGAGUCCAUAUGAGAACGGCUGGAUUAUAAAGGUUAAAAUGAGUGACACAGGCGAGUUGAACUCAUUGAUGGAUUCUAAUCGAUACUCCAAGUUCUGUGAGGAAGAAGAUGCCAAGCAUUGAAGAAAACCUAGGCUUUCGGUUACUUCACCCAUCCAUCCAUCCAUCCAAAUCCCUGCAGCAUUUGACUUCUUGAAUAAUCGCUCAUCAACUCUUCUAUCAUUUUACCUUUAAGCUUUGUAAAACAUCUUUUUUUUUUUUUUUGUUAAUGAUUGCGUUCACUUUUUGGUUCAGCUUCA